AUGAAGAUCAGUUUUGGUCUUACUUACCUGCUCUUAGUUAACUUUCUCUCAAUGCAAGUCAGAAGCCAGUGCCCUAAAGUCAACUGCUUGACCUCAGAUUCGAGUGUCCCAGAGGAUGGAAAUACAAAAAGGAAUAGAAUUUGCUCUCAGAAAUCCUCAAACGAUAUUUCCAUAAGCAGCAAUGUAUGAGCUGAAGAUGAGUCAUGAUUUAUAAGCCAAAAUUGGCAUGGCACAUGUGAACCCUCUGUCUCUCCAGAUUUCGGGAUAAUCCUUUACCCUGGAUACCGUUGUAGAGGUUCUGAAGUUUUUGGAACAUGAAGAUUUGGUACAAAAGUUUGCAAUAACGAAGAUAGAUGUGAAGGCUAUCCAUCCUAUCAUUACUGAAGACGAACUAGUGAUUGCAACUUUGACCACUACUGCAGUCAUGAUGGAAUCUGACUACUUUUGAAUGAGAAUGGGGAAAGCUGAUCAACACAUGAUUCAUGAGAAAAGAAUUCAAUGUGUCAUUACACUGAUCCAACCGAUGACUUUGGAACUUGUGUUGAAGUUGCUUCUAAAGACGAAAGAGAACUUGUACUCCCAGAGUAUAACAAGGUCCCUGUGAGGCAAGAUGAUAUGGAAAAGCUGUGCAGAACAGGCAUGGUCAACAGGACAACAGGCAAUUGAGCAAUCAAGCUUAAAUCCACCAAUAAGGGCAAAGAAUGCACUACUGAUAAUGACUGACCAACCUCUGAUGAAAAUGUUAAAGCUGCUUGUAAAUGUGGAUAUAGCGGAGAUGGAAAGAAAUAUUGCGACAUUGAAGCUGGAGAUACUGAAUGGGUCGAUGCUACAAAUAAGUUCGAAGAAUUCUUUUUAACCAACCUUGAUUGACACACAGGUGAAGGAUUUGGAAGAUGUGGACAAAAAGAAUCCCAAUUUAUGGAAUAUAGGUGAGCUGAGUUCAAAGCUAAACAUUAUGUUGAGCUUCUGAACAAUCCGGAUUGUCUCAAGGAAAAUUAUCAGAACAGUCCUAUUUUCUGGGAAUACUCGGUUUAUUGAAGCUCUUGGAAAGGUUCGAUUCUUAUGUCAACUCUGAUGAUCUUCGCUUUCGUGUUGUGGCAAUAAUUAGUAAUUUCAAUAUAAAUUCAAAGAUAA